AUGGCUGGGGAAGACAGGAUGAGUGUGAGUGAGCUAGAGACGCUCAUAUUGGAGGAGUACAACGAGUUGUCGGAUGAUGCACGAUUCAAGACCUUUGGUGAUCUUCCCAUCGACCAUUUCAUGGGAGAGGAAGGCCAACCGGACGAUGAGAAGGUCUUCAACCUAAGGGAUGCGCUCAAAUUGGUCAGAGGUGCCAAUAAGAAAUAUCCGAAAUCAAAAGCUUCUACUUCGUCUCCCCUCAAAGUGCAUCAAUCUCCAAGUUGGCGCACUCAUUCAAAUGAUGCUCCUGAUCCACCCCCGGCGAAGAAGCCACCAUCAAAAGCUCCUCCCCCAACUCCAACUCCUGCUGCCCCAUCCAAGCCUAAACCUGCCGCUAAACCUGCUGCUAAACCUGCCGCUAAACCUGCCGCAAAACCUGCCGCAAAACCUCCUGCUCAAGCUAAAGGCAAAGCUCAAGCGCCAUCUCCCCCAGUAACAAGAUCUGGAAGACCGAGAAGGGAUGUUGCUUAUUCAGAACGUGAACGUGCACAAAAAGCAGCUAAUCAGAAACGAAAGAGGCCAACCGAUGAACCUGAUCCAAACAUUGAGGAUGAACUCGACCCUACUGAAAGCUCACUAUCAGAUGUACCCUCUGAGCAAGAUUCCGGUGAUGAAUUCAAUCCGGAGUCUCAAGAGUCCGGAAAGAAUAAGUCCGGAUCAUCCGGAUCCCACCAAUCCGGUAAAUCUGAUAAGUCUGAAGGUGAAUCGGAGCUCAUGGACGAAGACCCUGAGGAUACUCCUCAACCAAAAAAACCUAAAACGGCUUCAAAACCCUCUGGAGGACGACUUCCCUUUCCUUCUCGCGCUCCAUUUACUGCUCCCAUCACUCCUACUCCCACCCCCACUCCAAAUCCUGGUGCUCAAUUGGUUCAAAAGUCGAGUACUGCUUCAAAUUCAUCACCAACCAAGAUCCACUCCACUUUAAAGUGGUCAAACCUCGAUGAUAUGGUGAAUAAAGCUGUUAAAAAUUGGGAAAAUAAAGUAACGGACGGAACUCGUCCUCAUUUCGGCAUCUAUCAACGUCCGUUCAAGAUCCCCCUUGAAGACUAUGCCCUUUAUUCUCUGCAAGAAGCUACAGAUGAGUCAAAAAACUGUUGGUUGGGUUACAAAUGCUCGGUGUGUAAAAUCCUUUACAAACAACGUGCAAAUGACACCUCAGGAGGUGUGCUCUUUUCUCAUUGGAAAACUCAUCAAAAAACAGCAAAUACCCCUUCCUCGAUGAUUGUCAAUGUCUCGAUGGACAGUAACAAGCUUGCUUUCUUCGCUGUUGUCAACGCAGCAUUUCACAACCGAUCGUUUGCAUCUAUAAACGAUCUCCUGAUCCAAGAACUCUGUGAAGCGCUACCUGGACAGAUCAAAACCCCCUCUCCACGAAAACUCUCCACCCUUGCUAAGGAAUUCGCUGAAUACAGUCGAAUUCCCAUCUUCCAGCAAGUAAAACAGAACAUGAUGGGCUCUUUGCACAUCUCAGCCGAUGGAUGGACAUCUCCCAAUGUAGGGUCUUAUUUAGCGGUUGUUGGCUCAUGGCUGGAGAGGAACAAUUCAAUAGAUCGUGGGUUCUCGGUCAAAACGUGUAUUGUUGAUUUCGUGCACUCUAAUUCCUCCACCGGAGUUUCUAUGGCCGGCCAGAUACAGAAUGGGUUAGAGAAAGUGAAAUUAAACGAUAAUCUUUUCUCUAUCACAUUGGACAACACAUCUGCAAAUCAGGUGUUGGUGGAAGAAUUAGGUGCUACUGACACGCUUCCGAACUUUCCUGGGCCCGAGCACCGAAUAAUGUGCUUCGCACACAUAUUGAAUUUGGUUGUGAAAUCUGUGCUUUCUCCCUUCUCUACUAAAACGACAAUGUCCACCUUGCAACGAUUAGUGUCAAAAUCAAUGCAGGAGGAGCAAUUAACGUUGGAUGAAGAUGAAGAAGAAAGAGAACUCGAUCAACAAAUCAGCGAAAUUACCGACUUAGAGGCCUCCGUUAGUGAUUCGGAUGACAAAGACGAUGGAGAGGAUUUCAGCAACCUGGAGUUGAAUCAAGAGCAAACCUUAAUCAAUAAAGCUCUUGAAGCAACGGAAAAUCCUGAUUUACGCUCCGAGGCCGGUACAGACAGUAGCAUCAACAAUAUGCUAGCUGAUUUAGUUGCUAGAGUACAAGAAACGGAUUUACUGUCAUCAAGGACUCUGUUAGCAAAGGUUCGAAGAAUCGCCAAAGCUACUAGAUUCAGCUCAAAAUUCCGAACCACUUGGUCGUCUAUCCUCAAAACGUUGUCUGAAAGUAAGAAAUAUACUGGUGGAGAGAAAUAUAUCACCAGGGAUACCGAGAUAAGGUGGAACACGACUGGCAACAUGAUGAAGCAAUGCCUUGAAAUGAGGGCUAUCGUGACUGAGUUCUAUCGUCAUCCGAACGUUAUUGGGGAUAGAAACGGGAAGAAGCUGUUCGCCGAGAAAGAGCAAUUGGGGCCUGAGGAUUGGGCAGCGAUAGAAGCACUACAAGGUCUCUUAGAUUGGGUCAAAAUGGCCACCCUAGCAUUCCAACAAGACGCCGAGCAUGCAAACGGGUCUGUGACUAUCGCCAGUGUAGUUCCAUAUAUCGACAAACUAACUGUCCAGCUCGACAAGGUACUUACAGCUUCAAAAUCCCCCCUUGUGGUCCAGAUUGGUGCUCAAAUUGGUAAAGACCUACUCAAUAAGUACUAUUCCCGUACCGAUAACUCAAAUCUGUAUAGAAUAGCUAUCCUCCUCCAUCCUUCCAUGCGUAUGAACUAUUUAAAGAAAAAUGGAUGGACCGAAGAAUGGCAGAAUCAGGCCAAGAAAGCAUUGUUAGAUCUGUACAGCGACAAAUACCAAGAUCUGGAUAAAGAUGAUGUUGUGAUGUCUUCACCACCUGCAGACGGUCGACCCCUGAUGGACCUUGACGAUUCAGAGUCGCAGAAUGAACACCCAGUCGAUCAAUUUAUCAACGGCAGUCUGUCCCGCGGUAAAGGGAAGUCAUUCGAAGAUCCUCUCAAUUGGUGGUUUCACUGUGUAGAUGCAAGAUACAAGGGACUGAGACAGUUAGCUUUAGAUGUGUUCACAGCACCUGCUACAUCCGUCCUUCCGGAACGUAUCUUCAGUAUGGCAGGCCUCACUGUUUCCGACCGUCGUCACAGCCUCAAGCCUUCUACACUGGCUGCUCUUGUCUGUAUCUCAUCCUGGUAUAAAAAUGGUCUGAUCUCUCUGGAUAGCUGGAAUUCAUUUAUGCAGAACCGAAACGGCAAUUAG